AUGGUUGCUGCACACUAUUUUUGGCCAAAACUGCUAGAUGACGUUAAAGGGUACAUUAAAAGAUGCGAGACGUGUCAAAAGUCUAAAAAUUCUCAUGGGUUACUGGUAACUAUGUUCCACCCAUUACAGGUUCCGUCGCGAAGAUUUGAAGCCUUGAGUUUAGAUUUUGUAUCCGGAUUUAACGCAGACAGGGGUUAUGAUCAAAUUAUGGUUAUCACUGACAGACUAACUAAAUGGGCUAUCUUUUGUCCAUUGAAAAAGUCGGUCACUGCAAGGGAGAUUGCUGAGAAGUUAUUGGAACUUGUGGUGUUACAGUAUGGAGUACCUAGGUUUUUGGUGACAGAUAGAGAUGUCAAAUUCGUUAACGCUAUUUGGGAACACUUUGCACAAAGAUUAGAUAUGAACCUAAAACUUGCUACCUCUUAUAAUCCACAAACCGAUGGACAGGUUGAAGGGCUGAACAAGACCAUAAUGGAAAUAAAUAAAGGUUACAUUAAACAUCAUCUAGCAACUGUAGUGCGUGGAACAUACUAA